UGGCUGGCCCCAGCGGCCGGCAGCGGUACUGAACAAGCCAGCAGGACUCUCGCUGUGUUCAGUCAGUCCGCCGUAGCUCUGCCGACUGGAGGGAUGUGACCCCGGAACAGGACGCCCUCCUACAACAACACACCAUUCAAACAGAGCACAGAAGAAAAGAAAAGCUGGACCAGGAGGGAGCCACAGGAGCAGGGGGGAUGAACCGCGAGGAGGCCCCGGGGAAGUCUCCUGAAGACAUGUACAUCCAACAGAAAGUACGGGUCCUGCUCAUGCUAAAGAAAAUGGGAUCAAAUCUUACACCCAGUGAAGAGGCAUUUCUCCGGAAUUACGCAGGUGUGGUCCACAGUCAGAUGAGCCAGCUACCACAGCACAACAUAGACCAGGGUGCAGAGGACGUGGUGAUGGCGUUCUCACGGUCAGAGACGGAAGAUCGGCGCCAGUGACCUUUGCCCCCACACCCCCACCCUCAUUCCGCCCCUCUGCAUCCCGCAUCCUGGCCCCCCUCCCCCUCCAUCCUGCCCUGCACGUGAUCCACAACAACUCCACAAACGCGACACUGAUGAGCUCAGGAGAGGAGGGGGCGCCUGGGGGGGACGGAAGAGGAGGGGAAGAGACACCAGGAGGUGGCUGCCUCGCUCUCCUCCAGCCUUUUCCACCCCUGACUCCUCCUCAUACAAGCUGGCACACCAUUACCUGAGAUGCACUCAAGUGCUUCACUGUGGGUUGAAGUCUUGGCAACAAGGCAGUCGGUGAAAACACUCACAGAUUGUGUGGAUGAAUAUCAAAUGUAGUUUUUUUUUCUUUUUUUUUUUCCUUUUUGAUUUUUUUUUUUUUCUGUUUUUGGUGGGUGGGUCAGUUUUGUUUUGUAUUAUUUUGUCUGUGUUGAGACGUUAGGCAGUGUUACGUGUUAUAUCUGCUGUGGUCACUGGAGGAAUUCACCAGUUAGCAGCUGAUUGAAGCAAAGAGAAAUAUAGUUUUGGUCAAGCAGCGAGUGUGAUGAUGAGAUGAUCGUGUUAGGGGAGAGAUUUUAAUUAUUUCUGCUUACCCUCAUGGGACUGAAAUUGUUUUUGAUUUAGCUGUUGUAUUAUAAAGGCUUUUGUAUUCUGUCACACACGGGGCCUCAUUUAUAAACAUUUCGGAGGUGUGAAAGAUUCGUACACCAUCUCUCACACAGGCAAAGUAUUAAAAAUGAAAUCUAGUUCUUAAUAAUCUUUCUCAGACAAUUAAUUUUACUUUAUCAAAUUUAAUGUCACGGCAGGAAGUCAGUCAUAGAGCACAGUCAUUUUUCCUGCAUCAAUCUUGAUGUUUUGAUGAUUCUUGAUGCACUCCUCUCCGCUGCUCUGACUUGCUGAUCGUCUCUCAUCAGUCAAACCAAAAAAUAUGUACAAAAACAAAAGACGUCUAACCGAUCUGGAACAUUUUACACUCCAUAGCAUUUUCUCUUUGUUGAUUUGGAGUUUUCUUCACAAGUACUAAUGCAAAAACGACAUGCUGACUGAUGUGUGUAUUAACCCUCACGACGGGCCAUGUCAUUAAUCCUCCACGUUUCAUUAUGGGAGUUAAACGGGCAGGAUAACGAGGCUAGUGUGAUCGAUGUGAUUCAUAAAUCGGAAAACUACAUUGAGGUGAGCGUACACGCUUCUUCGUCUCGUGACUAAUCUCCACACGGUUUUAUAAAUGAGGCCCCACUUGUUGUUCUGCUGCUUUAUUUUGAACCAUAGGCUGUUGAGAGUGCAACAAUGCUUUCCUCGUGAGGAAAGCAUAAGAAUUAAAGACACUAGCAGAUAUAAUCACAUGAAACACAGGUGUACACAUUCUCCCCAAACAAAUACUAGUUUUGGGUUUUUGUGACAUGUAAAACCGUUUUUUUUGUUUGUUUGUUUUUUAAUUGUACAGAUAGUUGGGAAAAUACAAUAAUGAAUUGAUUGUGCCAAUUGUAUUUUUUGUUGUUUUUUUAUCUGUAAGAUAAAAUUAACAUGAUUUAAAGAAAAUUGAUAAAGAGACAAGCUGUAGUUGUAAUUUAUUGUUUACUGAAUUGACUCCCAGUUCCUCCAGCACAUCAUUAAAGAUGGAGAACCAGUAGAUAGUGAUAGCCUAACAUGAGUCGCUCCAUCACGAACACCAUCAGCAGCAGCAGCAGCGGCUCUUUCGUUCACACUAAAAUACACACAAACUCUAAUUUUUAACUACCUGUAAGUAAACACGUGAAGCCAAACAUAAGAACUAUGUGCUAUUUCUGACUGUACUGUAUCUCUUGCACUAUUAUCAAUGGGAUAUUUGCAAAAUAUACAUUUUGAUAUCUAGCACAGAGAUUCUAUGUUUGUUUCAAUGGAUAAAAGAAAACUUUGUAACCAUGUUUUUAUCCUUUAGUGACUUAAAAAAAAUCUGUGUUAAUUGACUCAACUGGAAUAGCUCAAAUGAAUAUUUGUUAACAAUCGACAUGUUUUUUCUAGUGACAUGCUCAAUAUUUAAUGUGUUUUAAGUACAGUUUGUUAACUUGUAUAACUUAAAAUAAUUGUAACGUAAUGUUUUGAAGCCAAGCAUGUCUGCCUCGUGGUUUCUAAUGUUCAUUCAAGUGGAGGAUCUUUGAAGCCUUGCCACAGUGAGCAUUGUUUGUACAUUCUUGACGUUUGUGGAAGCUACUAGCUCUUUUAAAAUGUUUCAGAAAAAAAAAAAGAACAAAUCAUUUUUUUUCUCCAAUGGGUAAAGUGUUAUCCAUUAUUAUAUCUUGUUGGCAAUAACUUCUAUUUGAAUGUCUUUAGCAAUCAUCGCUACGUAAACCGCCAACAGAUCUGUCACGCUGUCCGCCUAUGACAAAGACAUUUGUCUUUUUAUGUUUACUUUUGUUUUAAAACAUUCUUUAUUUGUCUAUGCAUUGUUUUGUUUUUGUUUUGUUUUUUUCUCUAAAAGGCGUCUUACUGUACAUUUUACCUAUCAGGGUUGUUCUGCAGCCUUCUUUCAAGUUGUUGAUGAAUGUCUGUGUGUGAGAGAGUGAGUGCGAGUGUGUGUGAUCGUCAUUGAACUUGCUACCGGUUUUGAUUUUCAGCAUGCUAUUGAGUUUGACUAGGAUCGAUGUAUCUUUUUACUGUGAUGACCUGACGUUGCCUAAUUGUCCUUUUUUUUUUUUUUUUUUUUUUUUUGUGUUGCCUUUGUUUUUUUUUAUUUUCCUCUCAGUCGACAUUGAUUAGUUGGUUUUGUUUUGUAUGGCUGCUGACCAUGUCUUGACUUAAUGCUUCCAAAUCCUAUACCAACUGAACCAUUAAAGAUAUUUUAAACAGUG